UUUAGAGAAUUGACAUUGCAAACGUCUUCCGCAAACAGUGAUUAAACAUUUAGCUUUCGUGACUCGACUGAACGCACCCCAAGUAGUGAGAAUGUAAACAAAGAUGGAUAGUUAGUGCAUUAGCGAGAUGUAAUUGCUUUACCAGAUCCAGCCAUGGCAGAGCGGAAAUUCACACGUGCCCUGGGAAAGCCAGGCAUGGCUGCCCAGGUGCGCGAAAAUGUAUCCCAGGCAGUUAAAGCAACAGCUACUCAGGUAAAGCCUAGGCUUGCAGACCCUAUAGACUUUGAAGAAUUUGUUUCCAAGAACAAGGUGAUGUUAAACAACGACCCUUUACGGGAACUUCUAAUGUACCCUCCAGAUGACAUAUCGCAUUCUGUUGCACCUAGAGUCACUAGAACAUUGCAGUCCUUAGCAGCUGUACAUCUUAAGGAAGAUAUCACUGAUCCUCUUGUUCAACAGUGUUUGAGAACUUACUCUCAAGACCUCACAACCAUUACCCAUAAAUAUUUGCCCUACUCAGGAUCUUAUAUUCAUCUUCCAAGGCUUCCACGUGUUGAUGACCUUAAGGAACAAGUUUAUGAAGUAGAUACAGAUAUUGAGCAGGGAGAUUUGGCUUUGUUAACUAAUGGGGAAAACAUAUUAAAAAAAGGUUACUUACUAAAAGGGCCAGAAAGUGGAAAUGAAAAGAUAUUUGGAAACUUCUCAUCUAAGACCUUCAAAAGAAGAUUUGCAUGCCUAAGGCAAGAAGUAGAUGGUACUUACUUAUUAGAGUUCCAUAAAGAUGAACGGAAACAUGACCCCAAAGGAACCAUUGUCAUGGAUUUUUGUACAAUACUAAGGCAAAAUCCUCGCAGAGGUAAAUGCUGCUUUGAAUUACAAAUGUCUGAUGGUGGAAAAUCUGUCAUGUUAUCUGCCGAGAGUGAAGCUGAUUUAGAAGACUGGAUUGAUAAGCUUACACGGGUCUUGCAUGCUGAUAAACCACAUGAAGAGGGAAGAGGAGAUCGAGGUACUACUCCACCAUCUAGUAAUUACGGAACUCUUCGAGGCCUUGAACAUAGUUUAAAUCCCCAGCUGAUAAAGUACGCACAUGAAACUGACUUUUCAAUUGCUCAAGCAAGACGAGAGGAUCGCCAUCAGCUUUUUACCUGUUAUCCUUCAUUACCUAGGAGUGAAAGUGAAAAUGGAAGUGUAGAGCUAGCUGAUGAGAGUUUGAUUUGGCCAUAUGAAGAGAAGUUUGGAACACGUUUCAGGGUGAUUUUUGAGAGCUUAAAGUUCAGACUACAGGCUCCGUUGGAUUCUGGUGAUGGACCAUUAUCACAGCUUGAACCUUACUUGACUUGUGCUUCCCUAUAUGAUGUUGGAAAAGGUUGCAAAAUAUCAGAGGACUUCCACUUUGAUUUGAACAACCCUGUGGCAAGGAGCCUGUUGUCCAAAAAGAAGAAAGUUGAUGACCUCAAAGAUGUUUUUGGAGCUUCCCUUCCAUUAACCUUAGCAGGUGUCCCAGAAGAAUGGAUUGCUCAUCCAAAGCAGGCUGUGAUGAGUGUCACAAAACCUCAUAAUGAUAUCUUCCUCGUCAUUCACAUAGAAAAGGUCCUCCAAGGUUCAAUCGGCCAAAUAAUUGAACCUUACUUGAAAAACACAGAUGCUAAAACCAUUCAGAAACUUCAGAGGAUCAUCAAAACUUGUUGCUAUAGGCUUGGUGAAUUUCGCAUGCCCUUUGGUUGGUGUGCAAGACCUCUGUUCAAGAAUUCAGGUAAUCUUGACACGGAGUCUCAUUUUUCUCCGAUAUAUCGCUGUGAAGAAAAGAAACUGAGUGAAUCUGAAAUGAUUAAGUUAUUGGCUGACUUCCGGAAACCUGAAAAGAUGAACAAGUUGACAGUGAUACCAGGGAAUGUCAUUGUGAAAAUAUUACCAAUGGAAAUUACUUUACCAAAUUCAAUUACUCCAGCGCUUGAACCAGUGAAACCUUUCCCAAACCCUCCGACACAUGAACCCACAGUUGAAGUUCAAGAUUUUUCUGCUUGCCAUAUAGAUGACAUUCAGCCUUACAUCAGUUAUCGCAACCAUCUGUACAUUUAUCCUCAUUACCUCAACUACGAUAAUCAAAAAAGCUUUAGCCGUGCCAGAAAUUUGGUUUGUACCAUUGAAUUGAAGGAUUCUGAUAUAGAUGGGGCGCCGCCUCUUAAGGUCGUGUAUGGUCGACCUGGACAAGGAGCUCUGACAACUCACAUGAACACAGGUGUCUUGCAUCACAAUACAUUUCCAGAGUGGGGUGAUGAAGUCAAGAUUCUACUGCCAUAUAAUCUGACCAGUUCACAUCAUCUCUUAUUCACUUUCUCGCACAUUGCAAUUGAAGCAGCAAAGGCAGGGAAGAAAGACGUGCCUGUUGAGACUGUUGUUGGGUAUUCGUGGGUACCUCUGACUUUGAAGGGCAGAGUAGUGACAGAAGAAGUUCUGUUGCCUGUGGCAGCUAAUCUGCCCUCAAGGUAUCUCUCCAUUGAACCUCUUGGGCUUGGCAAAGGAUAUGCAGGACCAGAAGUCCGAUGGAUUGACAACCAAAAGAAUAUUUUUCAUGUUUCAAUGCGUUUAGUUUCUACGGUCUUGAGUAGUGAUCAACAUCUUCACAAUUUUUUCCAAUCGAGCGCAUCGCUCUUGCCAUUGAUGAAUUCAGGUGGAUCAUCCGUGGCUUCUUCACCAAGAUCAGUGCAACCCUUGGAUGUGGAAACCCAGAAAAAUCUUAAGGCCCUACUCGCUCUCAAAGUGGAAAAUAUCAUCACGUUUCUGCCAACGUUGCUCAAUCAGCUGUUCAGUGUUCUUCUUCAUGGAGGGCCAGAAACUGUGACAAAUGCUACCAGAGUGUUGGUUCAUAUAGUAGAUGAAGUUUAUGAGGCAGGGAGAGAUGAUAUACUUAACUCUUAUGUCAAGUAUGUGAUGAACAUUUCAUGCCAUGGCCGACGAACUGUUCAUGAAGAGUUAUGCAAAUCAUUAUCUGAGCUCUUAGACAUUUCGAAUUUGGACCAGCUAAUCACGGGCAAGAUUCUCCGUCACAGUCAGUUUUUCUUUGCCUUCAUUGCUCGAUCAAUGGCUUUACAUUUGCUGACAACUGCAAGGAUCAAGAUGGUGAGGAACGAAAGGUUCAGCGAAGAAUAUCAUGCAGAGGUGAGAACACUCGUCGAGCUAGUAUCAAGCCACAUAGUUCAACGUCACAAAGACUAUCCAGUUGAAGCUCGAGCAGCAAACAUAGCCUUGUCACAUUUCUUGAAGCGUUGUCUAAGCAUGAUGGACAGAGGAUACGUGUUUGGACUUAUCAAAUUAUACCUUGAACAUUACAGUCCCGGUGACCCCAUAGCUCUUCAUGUAUAUAAGUUCACACUUCUUCGUGUGGUGUGUUCCCACGAACACUACAUCCCCUUGAAUCUUCCUAUUUUCAACACGCCCCUCUGUGCUGAUCCCAAGAAAGCAAAACUUAGACAUGGCACAGACGAAUUUCUUCUUAGUGCUGACUUCAUAUCAAGGCACUUCCUGGCUGGUGCUCUCUUGAGUGAAGUGCGAUCAGCGCUUGGUGAAGUUGCCGAAGUUCAGCGGGUGGCUAUAUGUGUCCUGAGAGAUAUUCUUGCCAAGCAUGCAUUUGAUGACCGAUAUUUACAAUCUGGACAACAAGGAAGGAUUGCCUGCUUAUACUUUCCAGUUGCAUCAGUAUUAUUAGAAAAUAUAAAACGCCUGAGUUGGCCAAGUGUCCCGUCGUCCUCCACUUGUUCAGCUUUAAGAAGAGCAGAUCCUAGAGCCAGUACAAGAGCUAGGAUUGCAAGGUCAGGUGGAGGUAGUAUAGACAUGAGCACCUACAGUACGCCUUCCCGUAAAGGAUCUAGUCGUUUGGAUGUCUCCAGCCUCUCUGGUCGUGGAGAUCCUUCAUAUCUGUCCAUAAUUGCUGGUCCAGGAGGAUUGCUAACUCAUCAAAGUAACAUUGUGAAUGGAAAAUCCAAUUCUAGUUUAGAAUCAGAAGACCAUGGCUCCUCUGUGGCCAAUUCAGAUGUCCCCAUAGAAGAGGAGGAAAAUGCUGCAGAGGAUGGGAAAAGCCAUUCUAGAAAUCUGAGCGUUGCAUUCGCUGGUGAAUCAGGUCCUGUGAGGUAUGAUAAGUUGAGUCCCAGUGAAGUUCGAGAUCUUCUUUUGUGUUUCCUCCACACCCUGAAGCAUAUUCCAGAAGCACAUCUCGUCUCCUGGUGGGCUACAUUAAGUACUGAUGCUCUUGGGCACUUUUUCACUUUGCUCCAGCUUUGCUUGCACCAUUUCAAAUAUAAUGGGAAAAGACAGAUUGUAAGAGAACAGGGACCAAAGAGGGCAUCUACACUUCCUGCAAAGCUGCAAGCACCAUUUUCUCCUCAUAGAGUCUCGACUGCAACAGAUACAUAUAGUGUGAGCAGCCAUGAAGGAGAGGGAUGGCUGAAAGCUCUGCAGGAGGCCAAUUUAGCAUCUGAAGUUGGUUUGAUCGUACUGGAUGCUUUGGGGAAUUUCACAACUCAUUGCCGUGAUAUACUGACUUCAGAUGGGGCUGAAGGGAUCAUGCAGCAAGUUUUCUCUCUUCAUUUACUCUUCUUACAAUUGGGCCAGUCAGAAAACUUGAUGAAGCAUGUUUUUGCUUCUAUUAGGGCGUUCAUCAACAACUUUCCUCGAACAUUGUUCCAAGGCGAUGCUUCUCUCUGUGGGUCACUCUGCUUCGAGAUGCUGAAGUGUUGCAACAGCAAGCUGACCAACCUACGCCAUGAAGCAUGCGCUGUGCUCUACCUGCUCAUGAGAAGUAACUAUGAAUUCACUAGGCGGAGUGGUAUCAACAGAGUUCACUUGCAGGUCAUCAUUUCAGUAUCACAGCUUCUUGGUGAAGUUAUUGGUCUGAAUAAUUCACGUUUUCAAGAGUCCAUGGCACUUAUCAACAGCUAUGCAUCUAGUGAUAAAGCAAUGAACAAUACAGGGUUUGUAAGUGAAGUCCGAGAUUUAACAAAACGUAUUCGAACAGUGUUAGUAGCAACAGCCCAAAUGAGAGAACAUGAGUGUGAUCCUGACAUGCUGUGUGACCUUCAGCAUUCCCUUGCUGCAUCGUUAUGCCAGCAACCCCAGAGCUGCGAACCAACUUGGUUGCAAGCCAUGGCAAAGCACCAUGUCAAAAAUGGUGACCUUUCAGAGGCAGCAUUUUGUCAGCUGCACAUUGCAGCACUUAUGGCAGAAUAUUUGCACCCAGGAGAGUUUGCUGAUGGAUGUCAAGUCUUCUCCUCCAUUUCAGACAACAUACCUCGUGAUGAAUCCAACUUGAGACUGGAUGCAGAUUUAUAUUUAUAAACCAAAUAAUAAGCAUUUUGCAUUCUUAUUUCAGGAUUGAUUGAUACAGUGUUCACAAUGGAUGUUUUGAUUAAUCAGCUGGAGUUAGCUGCUGGAUUGGUAGAAAGAGCUGAGAGAUAUGAAAUACUUGGUAACUUAUAUCGAAUACUCAUUCCGAUUUAUGAAGAUCGAAGAAAUUACCCAGCUCUAGUGCAGUGUUAUUCCCAUCUAUAUCAGGCAUACUCUCGUGUUGUUGAAGUUAAUGCUUCUCAGAAGAGAUUACUUGGACGUUAUUACAGGGUUGCAUUUUUCGGUCCAAGUUAUUUUGAAGAUGAAGCAGGCAAAGAAUAUGUAUACAAAGAACCUAAGGUCACUUCUCUAGCAGAGAUAUCAGAGCGUCUAUACCAUCAGUACUGUGAUAAAUUUGGGAAAGAGGCUGUCAAGAUGAUUAUGGAUUCAAACUUUGUUGAUGCGGAUGAGCUGGAAUCUCGCUACGCUUACAUUCAAGUGACUCACGUUAACCCUUAUUUCCCAGAAGAAGAAAGGGCGAAUCGCAUAACAGAAUUUGAUAUGAAUAACAACAUUAAUACCUUCAUGUUUGAGACUCCGUUCACCCAGGAGGGAAAAGCUCAUGGGAAGUUGGAUGAACAGUGGAAGAGGAGGGUCAUUUUGAAGACUGAUUACUAUUUCCCUUAUGUGAAGAAGAGGAUCCAAAUUGUAGACACUGAAGUACUUGAAAUGUCGCCCAUUGAAGUCGCUAUUGAUGAAAUGGAAAGUCGAGUGAAGGAGCUUGUUGAAAUUGUGAAGAAAGAGCCUACAGAUAUCAAAAAGCUUCAGUUGAAGCUUCAGGGAAGUAUUAGUGUCCAGGUGAACGCAGGACCUUUAGCUUAUGCUUCAACAUUUUUGGAAGAAAACAGUGCUCCUGCAUAUCCUGUAAAUCAGGUUCUACGCCUUAAAGAUGUUUACAGAGAUUUUGUCUGUACAUGCAAAGAAGCCCUAGAUCUGAAUAGUACUCUGGUGAGCAGUGAUCAGUAUGAGUACCAGAUGGCUCUUGAGAGCAAUUUCUCUGAGCUUCUGCAGUCACUGUCAAGUAUCCUCAAUGAACCACUUCUGGCUGCACAAGUUGCUGUUGAUAGUGUCUUUAAAAGGUCUUCACAGCAUUAUCUUAGCAUGAUUAGUUCACCUGGAGGUGCCAGUAGUAAUGCUUAAAGGCUGUACGCAAUCUCACUUCAUCAAUGGACUGAAAGCUUUAAAAACAAAGAAGAUAUUUUAUUAGAAAAGGAUUUUAUAGGCAUUUUGAGUGAAAAAGCAUCUUCAAGGUAUGUGCCUUAGUUUUGUAUCGCGCAAGUAAGUUAUAUAAUUUAUUGUAAUACACUGUUCCUGCUCACUUUUAAAAUGACAAUAAUCUUUACUGUUCUAAGAUGUUUAUAGUUUAGUCAAGGUACAAAGACAGCUUUAUUUUAACAGAACUGCUACAGAGACAUUUCUAAUAUUUUUAUUUUACUGUUUGUAGUUUAUCUCUAAAUUUAUUGCAUUUUGUAUAAGGUUCAUGUAGUUAACUUGGCCUUUGUAAGUAGCCGUUAUUUGAUUUUGUAACUAGCUGGAAAUAUUGGCAGAUAUUUAUCCAGAAAUUUUAGGUAACUACGUAUAUGUUUAGUGUCCAUGAGCUGAAACAAAUGUAAGCAGCCCCAGCGUUGCAGUGCCAUUCAUCUGGGGUCUUUGAAAGGAAACAUUUGCAUUUGAUGAAAGAUAGCCAGUCAAUAUUUAUAAUCCCUUCAUCAAAGAAGUAAAGCUCUUGUAAUGGUCUUUAAUAAGACCAUGUUCCCUUUCUUCUACUUUUUAUGAGAAUUUUAAAUGGUGUUAGGAGACAAUUUUUUGUUGUCUAGACAGGACACUUGCAUGUAGAACUCUGUUUUGUGUGUUGAAUAUGUUUUUAGAAUUUUUACCUGUUAUAUUCUCAUACCUUUUUGAAAAUGUAUCUAAUAAUUUUAGUUAUCUUUGGCACUUUAAAUUGCUCUUUAUAAAUAUGAAAUUCUUUUUGUAGCACAAUUGAAUAAAUAUAGAUUGAAGCAUAUUAACAACAAACAAACAAAUCUUUCUUUAUAAACUUUGAGGUUUGUACUAAUCCUGUGUGUUUCUUUUUUAUUGUAUAUGCACAUAUAGGAAAUUAUUGCUAUAUAGGAAAUUAUUGCUUACAAUUCUCUCUCUCUCUCUCUCUCUCUCUCUCUCAUGUAGCUGAAUUUUACUUUUGUUGUGUAUUGUUUGUGAACGUAAGUGCU